AUGAAGUUCAUCGCCACCGCUUUCACCGCCGUCGUUGGCUUGUCCGCUUUGGCCGCCGCCCGUCCACAGGAUACCAUCACAAAUGCUCCUGUUCCCCAAGCCACCCCUGCUGGUUUUGAUGCCGCUUACUCCAGCACACUUUCUUGCAUCACUGCCUGUGGUGCCGGAAAUGUCCACUGCCAGGCCGGCUGCCAGGGUCUCCCAGUUCCCGAUGCCGAUGCUUUGAAUGCCACUCACGACUGUAUCGCUGCUUGCCCUCCCGGUGGUGACGACGAGAAGAACGCUGCCUGGGCCGUCUGCCAACAGAAGUGUGUCACAUCCCUUUACUACACUGCCUCUGUCCCUUACUCCAGCUAUGUCCCACCCACCGCCGCUGGCUUCAGCAGUGCCCCAGCCGCCCAAACUUCCGCCCCUGGUACCUCAGGUCCCGCUAAAGAGACUCCUGAGAAAGAAUCCAAGACUGGCCCCAAGGAAACUGGUACUGAUGCUUCCAAGACCACUGGCCCAGCUCCUACCCAGUCCCCCAAUGCUGGUUCUUAUGUCAUUGCCAACGUCCCCAUGUUGGGCGCUUUCCUCCUUGCCGCUUUCGCUUUGUAA